UAAAUCAUAUACCAAAAUUGUACUAUUUAAACUUAUAAACACAGAUUUUACCUACAAUGAAGCUUCGCCCAGUGGACAAGAUUUGGCCAAAUGACUUUAAUGAGUGUAUGCAAAUGUCUGCCAUUAUAGGACUUAUACCUAUAGCUUACUAUAUUCUCAUGACAAAAGUCCUGCCAGAAUUGCUGGAUUAUGGCACUCCCGGCUACAUAUUACUCCAGUUGCUGGGUAUGUUCCUCUUCUCCAAUCUGAUGUCCAAUUUCUUUAUGUGCAUGCUAGCGGAUACCUCCAUUGAUCCCUGGAUAAUGAGCUUGCAACUGGAACGUGAAAAUAAAAAGCCUAUAAACUGGCAUGAAUGCGACAAGUGCGAUAUCUGGGCUCCACCACGAUCCCAUCAUUGCAAGAUUUGUCAUGUGUGUGUUCUCAAGCGGGAUCAUCACUGCACUUUCAUCGGUUCCUGCAUCGGUCAUGCAAACUAUAGAUACUUUUUCUUUUUUAUCAUCUAUUCGGUGAUCUCCUCACUAAUUGCCUUUAUAGCCAAUCUUGUCUUUAUCCAUGCCCUAAGAGGAGGCAGCCACAAGUUUGUGUUGUUACCAUUUGCCAAUGCAGUUUAUGAUAUUCAAAAUUUAAAUGAAGAUGGAAAAUUAAAUCUGUUGGAGAUAUUUAAAAGCUUGAUACCCGGCAAUUUUUGAGAUUAUAUUUGCAAUCCUCUUUGGCUUAAAUACGCUACUUCUUUUCUUAAGCAUAUACUUUUUGUAUAGAUUUUUGCCCAUCCUGAUAAGGGGUGCAACCUAUUACGAGUUAAAGAAAGAGAUAUUUACCUAUGAUCGUGGUCUAAACUUGAACUUUCAAAUGAUUUUGGGCACUCGAAUGAAGUGGACUUGGAUCUCGGCAUUUAUUUCCAGUCCAUUGCCACACGAUGGCAUUCAAUGGUUGACAGAAGAUAAAGAUGCUGACGAUGCUAAGCAAUCGGAGAUGAAAAAUUGUGUAUCAUAAUAAAGAGCAUUAUUAUUAAAGAAUUUGAAUUCAAAUGAAGAAAAGUUUAACAUUUUCUUGAUUAUUAAGAACAAAGCUCAAGUAUUAUGUCAUUCUUCUAUAUAGCAACAAAAACAUCUUUCCCGAAAUCGAUUCUGUGAGCUGCCCGAAGAAGUGACGACAUUUGCCUUUCUGGAG